AUGGCUCGUUUGAGGAAACGGUCGUUCAGUCAGCGCUGGGCUCGUCGUCGUGACGCGGCUGGUGGGUUCAAGUGGCAGCAACUGUCUGAAGACGAUGUCAGCAAAUUGCACGACCUCAUUCACAAGACGUACGGGUGGCCUGCACGCAAUUUUCAGCUGGAAGGUAUCCGGGCACAGCUGGAAGGGGUAGACAUGAUGAUUCAGGCCCCAACCGGGUCGGGCAAGACGGCUGUAGUAGCUGGUGCACACCUUUGGCCACAGGACAGAGCGAAGGUGACGAUCAUGGUAUCGCCGUUAUUAUCCCUCGAAGACGAGAUGGUCAAGACAUUCAAAGAGCAAUUUGGGCUCGAUGCCAUUGCUGUCAGUAGUAAAAACGGUUCAUGCUCACCGCUUGUCGUGAAGCGCAUCCUCGCACUCAAAUACCAGGUCAUUCUCGCAUCGCCAGAGAUGCUUCAGUCACGUACCUUUGUGAAGAAAAUUCUCCGCAACUCCAAAUUUACGAGGCACGUUCUUUCCUUGGUUAUUGACGAAGCACACUGUGUCUCGCACUGGGGAGCAGACUUCCGCAAGAAGUAUGCAUCCCUGGGUGUUAUCCGCGCAUUCCUUCCACGCGGGACACCGGUCAUUGCUUUGACAGCCACCUUGACCGGACGUGUGCGCCGAGACAUUCACAGCAAACUCCACUUCCCCAAGGGUGGCAGCCGGUUUGUCAACAUCGGGAAUGACCGCCCGAACAUCGCUCUCGUCGUACGCGCCAAUCAGCAUGCUCUGAACUCGUUUGAAGACUUGGAUUUCGUCAUCCCACAGUCAGCCAGCUGUCCUCAGGACAUCCCGAAAACUUGGAUCUAUGUCGACAACAUCAAUACGGGGGCGGAAAUCAUUGACUUCCUCGCAGACCGACUCGAAAGACGCACUGCACAUCGACCAGAAGGUCCCCUGUCUGCAGACUUGAUCCGCCCAUUCAACGCGACUCUGUCUUCUGAGUACCGCACCGCUGCGAUGGCUGCAUUCCGGGAUGGUGACAUUCGCAUCCUUGUGUGCACAGAAGCCGCUGGAAUGGGAUGUGAUAUACCUGAUAUAGACAUCGUCGUCCAGUGGAAGCUCCCAUCGACAUUCUCCAACUUCAUCCAGCGUGCGGGGCGCGUUGCAAGAGGCCGAGGUCGAACAGGGCUGGCCGUGCUGAUUGUCGAACGGUCUGCAUAUUCAAUCGACUUGACGCCAUCCAAUGCGCCACCCGCUGGUCACGGACAGGCCAACACAGUGGCAGGACAGGACGGACUGGGGCGAGGCAAGGUCAAACCGGCAGUGAGGGGGAGGAAGAAGAAGAAUAUGAGCAGCGCACCGCAAGCAAAAGCUCCGAAGCAAUAUGCCGAAGCGCACAGCGUCAACCACGGAGGCAACACAUGCAAAGACGAUGUCCCGGCGGGCGAACAGCCUCGACUGGACACGGAGGCGCUUGAUGAGGGACUACUGGUUUUCGUGCAGAGCGUCCGCUGUCGCCGCCGUAUCUGGGCAGACGCAUUUGAGAGUCCCUUGUCAGCGCCUACAGGAUCCUCAAGUUGCUGUGACAUAUGUGAUCCAGCUCUGCUUGAUCGCACGCGCCCUGGUGCUGUUUUGCCGGCGAAGAAGAUUAAACGCGUUGCGCGUGGACACCCAGAUGUCGAAGCCCAGCUGAAACUGUGCGACUGGCGAGACAUGGUGUACGAACGCGAUCACCCGGGAAGCCUAUACGACUCGACGGCCAUCCUGGACGACAGCUCGAUUGAACGCCUCGUCACUGCGGGAAAUCUCCCCCACAACAUCCUCACCUCAAUUCUCAAGCCAUCAUGGGUCUGGUGGGACAAAUACGGAGAUGAGCUGAUCACUUACAUUGCCGCGCUCAACAUCAAAUUCAUACCCAAGCCCGGGAAGAAAACGACGAAGCAAACAAACGCACCGGCUAGCAUCGCUGCGUCUUCCAACCUAUCCAGCCAUCCUGCUCGCUUGGAGCCCAGUGGAACGGCUGCAUCAAAAUGA